AUGUCAAGUCUUAAGUCUUCAUUUACAGUAGGAAUAUUUUAGUCUUUAAGUUUUUGUGGAUUGAGAUAAAAAAUUUUAAAAAACAUUGCGUUUUAACCACCUAAAGUGAGUUAUUCUUUGAAAGCAAGAUGUGAUGAUUAAAUGACAAAGAGCACUUUAACAAAUCCUUCAUCAUUAUAAGUUAUUGAUUCAGAACAUGAGAAACGAUAAAAAUCAAAGUCAUAUGAUGAUGAAAACAUACAUGAAUUGGGUCUGUUAGAUUUGGCAGAAGAAAUAAUGCAAUUUACAAGUGAAAGCUUAAGUCCUAUGAAGGAAAAGUAAAAAUAGUUAUUUAGAAUAGAGUAUCUGAACCUGCUUAUGAUUUUUAUUUGAUAGACGAACAAGGUUAAGAAAUUCCAAUUCCAAAAUAAGAAAACUUAGAUUUGACUGGAUAUUUCUUAAAAGGAAGAAAAGGACAUCGAAUAGCAUCAUUAUACUUAUAGUAUUUAUUUCCAAUGAGUGAAUAUGUUAUAUUGUUCAGUCAUGGAAAUGCUAGUGAUUUAGGUUACAUGAUUGAUACAUUAAUUGGUAAUUAUUAAAAUGAAAUUAUUUAAGAUCUUUGCAACAAUUUGAGAAUAAAUAUAUUUGCUUAUGAGUAUUCAGGUUAUGGACUUUCAUAGGGUAAGUGUACAGAUCUCAAUAUCAUCAACAAUAUAUAAGUAGCUUAUUAAUUUUUAGUGUAAUAAAUGAAUUUUGAUCCAACAAAAAUAAUUGUUUAUGGUUACAGCAUAGGAUCAGGACCAAGUGUUAUGUUAGUAUCUGACAUAGAAUUCCCGGUUGGAGGUUUAGUUGUUCAUUCAGGAUUGAGUUCAGGAUUAAGAGUAGUCAAUAACAAAUUAAAAUCAACUCCUUUUUAUGAUAUAUUUCCAAAUGUAGACAGGAUUAAGGAUGUCACUUGUCCUGUAUUUAUAUUACAUGGAAAAGAAGAUGAGAUUAUUGAUUUACAACAUGCUAAAUUAUUGUCUAGCAAUUGUUAAAGAUUGUAUGAAUAUUGGGAGGUUGAUAAUAUUGGACAUCAAGGAAUUGACACAAAUGAUGAACAUCGAAAAAAUUAUUUCUAUAAAUUAAGGGAUUUCAUUAAAUGUAUAUUUUUAUUUUCAUUAUUUUUAGUAAUACAAAAUGAAAAUUAAACAAUCAAAGAAUUAAAAAAACGAAAUACAGCUAGUCCUAAAUUAAAUGGAUCGUAUAAUCAUUAUUAUGAUAAUAAAAUACGAGAGUUCCAUUUAAGUUGUAGGAAGGUUCAAGAUUCAGGAUCUCCUCCUAAAAAAAUUCGUUGAUUUUUCAUAAUCG